AAACCAAUAAUAAUAACAACAAGAGAGAGAGAGAAAAGGAAAAGAAAAAACUUUUGCCCUCUUUCUCUUUCUAUUUCUCUCUAUCCAUUUCCCUUGUGAGUCUUGAGAUGCCAAACCCAUGUCGGAUCCUCCGACAACAUCAUCGGAGCCACCACACCACCACCAACAACAACAACAUCUUCCACGUUUACCCGUAAUCCACGGCGGAGCAUCCGGCGCUACCCGAAUGAACACGGCGGCAGCAACUUCAUCUUCCGCGGUAAUAGUCCGAGAGUACCGAAAAGGAAACUGGACUCUCCAAGAGACAAUGAUUCUAAUAACGGCGAAGAAGUUGGACGACGAGCGGCGGAACAAGGCGAACUUGGGGCCUAGCACGGUGGAUCCGGCGGCGAGGAAGGGCGGAGAGCUCCGGUGGAAGUGGGUGGAAAAUUACUGCUGGAGCCACGGUUGUCAACGGAGCCAAAAUCAGUGUAAUGACAAGUGGGAUAAUCUCCUCCGCGAUUAUAAAAAAGUGCGCGAGUAUGAAUCCCGCGCGUGUGAUCAACAAAUUCCUUCUUACUGGAAAAUGGAGAAACAUGAGCGAAAAGACAAGAAUCUCCCUUCUAAUAUGGCGUUUGAAGUUUAUCAAGCUUUAAACGACGUUGUUCAGAGGAAGUUCUCUCAAAAACCUUCUAAUUCCUCUAACACUGGCAUUCUCCUUCUUCCUCUUCCUGCUCCGCCUCCUUCCGCUCUUCUCCCGCCGCCCACCGCCACUAAUUCUCCGCAGCUUUCAGAGUCGUCAUCAUCAGGAACAGAGUCGAGCGAGAAGAAAGAGAAGAUGGAGGCAAAGAGAAGAAAAAUGGAAGAUAAUAUUGGAAGAAGAAUUGAGAGAAGCGUUUCAGCGUUGGGUCAAACGCUGCAUAGUUGCGAGGAGCAAAGAGAAAUUCGACACCAACAACUUAUGGAACUUCGAAAACGCCGCCUUCAAAUUGAAGAGACUCGCAAUCAUAUUCAUCGCCAGGGCAUCGCCGACCUCGUCGCCGCCGUCGCCAACCUCUCUGCUGGGAUAGAUAAUAAUAGAAGAGGAAGAUCAGAAGGAUAUGAAUCAUGUUUAUACAGUGGAGAGGAGGUGAGAAUAUUGAAAGAGCAAAAUGAAGCAAUGCAAGCUGAGCUUAUGAAUGUGAAGAAUGAGCUUUCUCAACUUAGAGAUCAGAUGCCUUCGCUCAUGCAAACUAUGAUGCACAGUAUGAUCCAUAACAUCCCACCUCCUCCUCCUCCUUCUACUUCUUCCAUGGACCCAUCUGGAUCAGGUAGAGAUGCUUAAAAAUGAUCAUCUCCAAGGUUGAUAAUUGGUUAUUAAUUUUAAUCACAAAAUUUAGUACCAUUGAUUAUUGUUUCAUGUGGAAUUUAAUGAUUUUGUAAAACUUAUUUAAUAUAAUUUUUUUAUUUUCUAUGUGGCUUGGCUUGCCCUAACACAUAGAUGUACAUUUUUUUAGUCAAUAUUAAAUUUAUUUAGUUUGAUUA